AUGAGUUUAUUAGAUGAGGAUGAACUAAAAGCCUCAGCAGGACUAGUUCAGCCGCUAUUUCCUCCCAACGUACUCUUAAAUAUAUUCCGCUAUUUGCCUAUAAGUUCUUUACCGAAUGUCGCUUUGGCUUGUCGACGAUUCAAAGUAUUGGUUUACGAUGACGAAUUCUGGGACGAAAAGUUGCACAUUAUGUUGAAAAAUGAUACUGGUGCUUUAAGGGCAAUGCUUGAGGGCACAACCACAAAAGGUUCUUUGAUCGAUUCAGAGCAGUCUAUUUAUAUCAACAAUAAACCUUUGAAUACACUAAUACCUGGCAUGUCUACAGAUCCAUAUAACACGAGAGCUCGGUCGAAAUCAACCGGCUUUUCCAAACAUUAUUUUAAAGAACUCUACAAGCAACUCAUACCUUAUUAUUUGGAUUUAAAAGGAUCUUACAAAGAGACAACCAAAGCUUUGCAUGAUUUUGGAGGGAAUCCUGAGGAAUGUGGCAAAGUCAUAAACCUACUUGCCGGUUUGGGGCAAUGCCAUGUGGUAGAUGGUUGGGAAGAAAUCAAUGAAAAUGUUCAAGCAUUAAUGCAGUAUUUCGAAAGUGUUUGUUUACAUAAAUUCGAAGUAGCUUAUGAUGCACAUAAUUCAGUAGACAUGAAGGUUUAUGCAGAUGCAUUAAUUGCUUUAAAUGGAGGAUCAACAUGUAUGCAAACCUAUCUUCAGAAGCACCCGAUUUUUUAUGACAAUCCGUUCAAAGCAGAGGACAAUUUCGUUGUGACGCAUGACGACCUCACACCUUUGAAAAAGCUAUAUACACUCAUCACCGACGAAUUUAGGCAACAAUCCAUGCUGAUUGCCGAAGUUUUCCCGGAUAAAAUGGACGCUUUUUAUUUGUUCGCUGACAGAGUUUUUGAGGAUGUGUUACUAGGGCGUGCCAUGUCCUGUAGUACACACUUAUAUUUAUGCACUAUAUCGGUAGUUUUGACUUCCACUGAAAAAAUGAUAAAAGUUCUUACAACUGAAGAAGCCUUACCGAAGAAAAUUGAACCAGAACGAGGCAUCAAUCUGCUAUUCAAGCUCUUUCUUCCCUUCUUAGACGAUUAUUUGUAUGAGGAACGACAUUAUGCAGAAACAAUUACAAAAAAGAACAUAGAAGAAUGGAACAACCGUUCUGCUGCACGUUUAGACGUUUCAACACGUCUUACAAAUCAGUCACGGGAGACAUUCAAGAGAAACUAUUUGAGCGCGUUUAAAAAAGUUAUAACGUUGCCCGUGGAUCUUGUUUCAACAGCAGCCACCACUAUUGCAUCACCUUUUCACCGUUCAACUAGCGGUUUUCUACAACAUAAGAAUAAUAAUUUAUCCGACAAUGACACUAAAAGAUCAUCAACUACAUCGCUAGAAUCCAUCACAACUGCACAAACUGCUACACCUCCUGCGACACCUAAAGUAUCUGAUACCAUGAUUAGGCCUUCUUCUUGCUCCAAUUUAGCAGAAUCUCACACUAGCAGUAGUAAUGAAGGGAAAGAUAUAACGGGGCAAUUAGAAUUCGCUCGACAAGAAUUGGAUUUGCUGCAAAAUUAUUUAUCUUUGGAAACAUCGUUACAACUGAUCCACAUAAAUAAAGAAUCAGAACGACGAAUACAACAGUUUAUAGACAUUGGGUUCCCAGGAAGGAUGAAAAUAGAUAUUCAACGGACAUACGAACAAAUUUUUGCGCAGUUAUUAAGGACUUUGGGGCAAUUGCACAUUAGGCCUGCUUUUGAAAGCGCGUCAGAAAGACUCUCAGUAUACAAACCAAGCCUACAAGAUACCUCAUGCAUGGAGGACGUUCCACCGCUUACUGAAUUUUUUGAAUUGGUGCAUAUUGCAGAUGUUAUUCAGCAAAUGAUUCAGCUUUAUUAUGACGAAGAAAUUACACGAAAUGUUGAUAAAACGGACUUCAUGAAUGAGGUGAAUAAAGAAAAGAAAAAUUUCGAAAGAACACUGGAUGACUGCGUUGCACAGGGUAUGGAUCGAGGUAUCCAAGUGUUGUUAUCACAAGUCGAAUUGAUCCUUGCACAAGAACAGAAGAGCGACGACUAUAACCUACCGACAGACCGUAUGCCGGAUUUAAAGCCUACAAAGGCUUGUCAGGAUACCAUACAGUGUUUAAAAAGAAAUACUUCGAUGUUGGUGGGAGCAGCUGAAAAAUCUACGAUGGAUCUUUUCUUUAGUGAAAUUGGCCGACGGUUUUUUGAGGUAUUGUGCAAGCAUUUGAAGGCGCAAACAGUCAAUCAAACAGGUGGCUUUAGAUAUAUAAGUGAUAUGAAUGCUUAUUAUGACUUCAUACUCACUCUACGACAAAAGACUAUUACGCCUUAUUUCUUGGCACUUAAAUCUUUAGCAAAUCUCUACAUUAUUGAUUCAGCAACGGAUAUAAAGUCACUUAUUCAUGAUAUGGAACGAUAUCAUGGGCUUAUGAGAGUAGAAGACCUCUUGGAAUUUGCAGCCUGCAGAAGUGACUGGUCAACAAUUAAAAGAGCCGUUCAAAAAGAUAUGACAGAUUGUUGUAUCAUGUAA